UUACGAAAAAAGAAGUAAUGAACAAAUUGAACAAACGGUGAUAAAGAGACCUCGAGUUGGAACCAGUUCAAGUUCUCUAUACUUGGAUACGAUAAAUCGUCAUAUGUUAGAUUUUGAUUUCGAAAAAGUAUGUUCGGUUUCUUUAUCAAAUUUAAAUGUAUAUGCAUGCUUGGUAUGCGGGAAGUAUUUUCAAGGUCGUGGACGUAGUUCACAUGCUUAUUUUCAUAGUUUGCAUGAAGACCAUCAUGUUUUUAUUCAUUUACACGAACUUACGGUAUAUGUCUUACCUGAUGGAUAUGAAGUUAAAGAUUCUUCUUUAGAUGACAUCAGGAAUAUAAAACAUUCAUAUGAUUUAAAUAAUAAAAAAUAUUUACCAGGAUUUGUAGAUUAUUUCAUUUUACAAAAUUUUGAUAAAAAGUCACAAUUAGUACAACGAUUUAGUACUUUGGUUCGAAAAAUUUGGAAUCCCAGAGCUUUUAAAGGACAAGUCAGUCCUCAUGAAUUACUGCAAGAAAUUUCCAAUGCUAGUAAUAAAGUAUUUAAACUUGCGGAACAAAGUGAUCCAAUAGAAUUUUUGUGUUGGUUUUUAAAUUCUUUACAUAAAGAUUUGGGUGGGACUAAAAAAAGAAAUAGCAGUAUAAUUCAUAAUAUAUUUCAAGGAGAGGUUAAAGUUGAAUCUCAACCAUUAAUCGUCAAAUCAGAUGCUGAUGAAAAAGAUCGAUUGUUGUUUGAUCUUAAUCGAGAAAUCGAGACAAUCCGAACACCAUUUCUUUUAUUGAGCUUGGAUUUACCUCCACCUCCAUUAUUCAAAGAUGAAGUUGAAAAAAAUAUUAUUCCACAAAUUGCUUUAACCACAAUACUUGCAAAAUAUGAUGGUCGUACUCCUCAG